UCAUUGCAAAGAACAUCGGUUAACGAGGGUCAGGGACAAUGUCAACUGAUCGUACUCUCGUUUUGGGGAAAUCCCUUUUGGCACUUUGUAUUUUCAUGCUUGUUCCGUUGCUUUCUCUUGAGGUUGACGCAGCUACCAAGAAAUACCAAUUCGACAUUCAAGUGAAGAAUGUUAGCAGAUUGUGCCAUUCAAAACCGAUUGUCACCGUGAAUGGUAGGUUUCCAGGUCCAACUGUCUAUGCUCGAGAAGGCGAUAGAGUUCUUAUCAAUGUCACGAAUCAUGCCCAAUACAACAUGUCCAUUCACUGGCAUGGGUUGAAACAGUAUGCAAACGGGUGGGCUGAUGGACCGGCUUAUAUCACACAAUGCCCGAUCAUGCCUAAGAAUAAUUAUGUUUAUGACUUCAAUAUCACGGGUCAAAGAGGGACGUUGUGGUGGCAUGCUCAUAUCCUAUGGCUCAGAGCAACUGUAUACGGGGCUAUCGUUAUUUUACCCAAACCAGCAACUCCAUUUCCCUUCCCACGGCCCGAUGGAGAACAAGUUAUUGUGUUUGGUGAAUGGUGGCAUGCUGAUGUUGAAGAGGUUGUGAAGCAAGGAAAUGCUUUAGGCUUGCCUCCCAAUAUGUCUGAUGCCCACACGAUUAACGGGAAACCAGGCCCGUUGUUCCCAUGUUCCGAGAAACAUACUUUUGCAAUGGAAGUCGAGCAAGGAAAGAAAUAUCUUCUAAGGAUCGUGAACGCUGCACUCAACGACGAGCUCUUUUUUGCUAUUGCAGGGCAUAACAUGACAGUAGUAGAGAUUGACGCGGUUUACACAAAACCUUUCACCACAAACGCGUUACUAAUUGCCCCGGGACAAACAACUAAUGUUAUAGUUUCAGCUAACCAAGCUCCAGGGCGAUACUUCAUGGCGGUCCGGCCCUUCCAAGACGUUCCCAUUCCUGUAGACAACAAAACCGCCACGGCUAUUCUCCAAUAUAAAUACAUUCCAAACACUGUUGUCCCCAAACUCCCAAAUCUUCCUUCACCAAAUGAUACUGAAUUCGCGUUAAGCUAUAACAAAAAACUUCUUAGCCUAAACACGGCGAACUUCCCUGCAAAUGUACCAUUAAAAGUUGACCGAAAUUUGUUUUUCACAAUCGGGUUAGGAAAGAGUGUUUGUCCAACAUGUGUUAAUGGUACUCGCCUUUCAGCAUCCUUAAACAACAUAACAUUUGUAAUGCCACAAACCGCGCUUCUGCAGGCUCAUUACAAUGAUGUGAAAGGAGUAUUUAAAACCGAUUUUCCUGAUAAGCCUCCAAAGGCUUUUAACUACACUGGUGCUCCAUUAACUGCUAAUCUUUUUACAGUUAAGGGAACACGAUUGAGUAAAAUAGCCUUCAAUUCGACGGUUGAGUUGGUUAUACAAGAUACCAAUUUGUUGAGCGUUGAAUCGCACCCUUUUCAUCUUCACGGGUUCAACUUUUUUGUUGUUGGAACAGGCAUUGGUAACUUUGAUCCUGCCAAGGAUCCGGCCAAGUAUAACUUGGUUGAUCCUCCAGAGAGGAACACGGUUGGUGUUCCAACCGGUGGUUGGGCUGCCAUUCGGUUUAGAGCAGAUAAUCCAGGUGUUUGGUUCUUUCAUUGUCAUUUGGAGUUGCAUACCGGAUGGGGAUUAAAAACGGCAUUUUUAGUUGAAGAUGGGCCAGGAAAAGAUCAAGUGGUUCGUCCUCCACCGAAAGAUCUUCCGCGGUGCUGAUGGGUUCUAUGGAAACAAAGUGUGCAACACGCGAUGAAACCAAUAUAAUUCUUUUAUAUCGAUUAUACCUCCAUCAAAAAUCGAGGAGGUUGCAUUUCAUUUGAGAGUUGAGAAGGAAUGAAACCAAAAAACAAAUGUUGUGUUUCAUACUUCAUGGUGUGCAGUUUGGUUUGAUUUGUAAUUGAGUUUGUUAUAUAUAUUGGAAUGUCACAAUAUACAGUUGAUCUGAA